AUGGAUAACGACGAUAAGAAUCAGUCACUUUUCCAGAUCAGCCUGCGCAAUCGCGCGCCCAUCGUCUCGCAGCUCGUCAACGUAGGCAGCGAGCCGAACCAGAGAGAGCACGCCAAGUUUCGUUCAUUCAUCACGAAUUUGCAAUGUCUAAGGCCAAAAGGCAAUAGACUACACCGCGAGUCGAUCAACGCCUUCCGCCAACGAGGCAUUCCUCAAAAUACAUGCGGAGUCGACUAUUGCACCGGCCACGCCCAUUGCGCCCAGAAACGCAAUGCCAUACAAGCUAUGGACCUGGUGUACCAGCUCAGUCAGCACCCCGUUGCCCUGCUGGGCUGGCAGCUGACGGUGGAAUCUGAACUGCACCUCCUUACACGGAUACUCUCGGGAGAUCUCGUUAGCGGCAUAAGCAAUAGGGAAUUUCGGCUCUCAAAAGCAACUAGCAUUUACGAAGCUAAGAAGGCGCUCUGGCUGCUUUGGAAAAUUACGCAUGACUUGUGGUGGGAACGUGCAUGGACGUUCCAAGAGAACUACCGGAGCGGAUCGCGUAUGAGGCUACUGAUUAGGCAUAAUCCUUCGCUCGAGUCACAGAAGCUGCGAUACCAUUUGUUCGGCAAAAUACCUGGCGAGCUUUGUAUAUCGUCCGUUGCCUUCUCCGCACAAGUGACUCAGCUAUGUCUGGCGAUCCGAGGUGCAGCAGAAUCUAUGCGUUUGAACGACUUGCGGCGGAUUGAUAACAUUCUCCAAGCCGCUGGUAGAUAUGCACUCAUAUUGCCCGAGUCGAGCUGCAUGACCCCGACCGUGAUCGCCGACAUCGAGACACGCGGAUUGACCCAGCCCUGGGAUCGCCUCGCCCUCAUCGCCAAUUGCUGCCAGUAUCCGGUACGGUUAGACAGUGAAGUGCUCUGCCGGAGGAGUCAAAGUCUCAGUUUGUCAAUACUAGCAAUGUGUCUACUCAAUGGCGAGAUCCUAAACAAUAGCAACGAUGAUACAACUUCGGUAGCCGGGCUGACGACAUCGGUGUUCUUGAAAAGACUAAUAUUCCGAGGUUUCAGCGCACCUGAGGACGACAACAGGCCGCUGACGUUUAACAAGGGCUGCCGCUUAACGGAUGUGGAGUUGACGGCUUGCGGCGUCGUAGUAAAGGGUCAUCUGUGGAAGCUAGGCCGCGUUAUCGAUACAUCGACUUUUUGGCCGAAGCUGCCUUGGAUCGCCGAACCACGCGGCCGCCUAACGCUCUGGCAGCGAAAGCGACUACUGCAGCUUGUGUUCCGUCUACAUGAUCUGGACCACGACUGGCUCGCCGAAAGGAUUGACGGGUACCUGGCUGCCGACGCCAACACUAGGAAAGACUACAGGUCCUUUACUGAAAUGUAUCUCCACCGCAUGGCAGUCGAGAUAGCAGCCACAAUCCAGUCGCGGCAGAAACUGAGGCUGGGUAGUAUCUGGGACGCGGGCGGGUGUUCCUCACCGUACCGUGCCAUUUUCGCAUGGACAGGGGAGGAUACCGAAAUGACUUGCCAGCCGCCACCGGCUUACGUUUUUACAUGUGCGCGACAAGGCGAUCCAGGUUCGUAUGGACACGAUGCUAACGACAUUGACCGCCACGUCUCGUUGCAAGUUGAACUCAAUGUCCCUCUAGGAAGCUGUAGUUUACCGCAGCUCCGGAUCCGCCGUUGGCUGCUCGGUAUUUGUUUCUUCGACGAAUGUCCGCGCACCAGGAUGGUAUUUCCUUGGCCACGAGUACUGCACGCAGUAAAACCAUAG